GUUUUGAAAAGGAGCGCGAGUGAACAUGAAAUGACCAGCCAGGGUUUGUUUACUUUUUACUACGACACGGGGAUUGUUUAAGUGUUUCUCUUAUCACAAUGUCGGUGCUGAAUCCGUUUAGUAAGCUGCCUGGUUUGAACACAGCGAACAUCUUGCUGGUGGAGAGUGAGGAGCAGUUUCAGCAGAGUUUAGCCGACGCUCUGGUGGAGGAGACCGCUGCCACUGUGAAUGUGAGACUAGCUAAGAGUCUGCCUCUGCCCUUGGAGAAUGAGGAGGACCGUCCGAGGAUAGACCUCGUGGCGUUUAUCAUCAACCUGACCUCAGAGCUCAGUUUCCAGUCAGCAGAAGCUUCCCUGAAAUUUUUGGACCCUGGAUAUUUCCUUGGAAAGGUCUGCUUCAUGGUCACUAACGCUCGUAACACGGCGGUCCCCACAGAGCGCCUGGAUGCUGUCAGAAAGCUGGCUGCAUCGCUGCACUGCCCCUUGCUGUUUGCAGAGGACCAGACACCAGAUGGUGUGACCAAUGCUACAGAGCGGCUGCUGAGCAUCCUGAAGGUGGCGGCCGGCCUUGUUCCCAUGACUACUGCUCUCUACCUGUCCAGCCUGACGCGCUGCACUGUGCCCCCAGACAUCGACCAGCCGAGCUUCGAUUAGCUGCUGUUUCCUCUGGAGGAAAACUGGGAAGUCAUGUGUAUAUUUAUUUGUGGUAGUCCACAACACGGCAGCAUGUUGUUUCCUUCAUUCGCUUUAGAUUACAUGUUUGUGCCGUGGUUUUCAGCUGCGGCACUUUCUGUCUUCUCCCUGCGGAUCAUCAGAACUGAGGGCUUUUGUGGAGUCUGGGUUAUAAUGAAUAUGUCUUGUAUUUAAUAUUGGAGACAAAUGUAUUGUAACUCAGCAUCUUUCCCGAUCUGUGAAGAACACAGAAGACAUUUUGACAUGUCACAGUUGUAAAGCGGGUACAAAUGAUAGAAUAAUAUUAGCUGCUUCAGUGUCAUGGUAUUCAUACUGGCACACUGUCUCAUGACUCACUCAGACACUUAAAAUAGAGACGUCGUUAUUGUGAUUCGUAACACCUGUGGUUUAGUCAAAAGGCUUCUCUGCAGCAGAGGAUCACUUUAACUAAACUCUCUGUUUCUGUUUUUAAUUAUAGUUUGACAUUAAGUAUUUAAACCAAUACAGUGACCUUUUGAACUUCAAACAGUCAUCUUACGGACUGGCUUAGAGCUACAUUAAAUGUCCAUUUGUUUUGUGUUUGAUUCAUUAAAUACUGCACACUCAUUGUGUACCCACACGUGGUUAUAAUUAUUUCUGGCUGAUUAGGUAAAUUAUACUGUGCUGUAUCAACAAAUCUCAGUCUGCUGGUUGUAUAUCGGCAAAAAAAGAAAAAGGUUUCAUUUAAAAUUACAGAAUAUUUCUGUAUUUCAUAGUAUAUUUAAUUAUAAUAUAGUACAGUUUGCUUUCUAUGUAUAUACUUUGUAGCGUGUGUGUUUGUUUGUUUAUGGUUUACAGACA